CAUCGAUGUCUCUCGAGUAAUGCUGGGGUAGUGCAAAGUAAAUAUGAUAAUUGUUAGAUCCCGUCCGUCUCAGGCAACACAUGAGCACGUCAUCAAAAUGGCUUUGAGACGUCUUGCCAGCAACCUUGUAAUGGCUGCAAGACCCAUCCAGCAGCAGAUGAGAAAUUACAGGGCAGCUGUCCUCACAGAGUUUGGAAAGGCUUUGGAAGUGCAGGAGCUGAAGUCAAAGCAGUUGGGAGAUCAUGAGGUGCGUGUUAAUGUCUACAACUGCGGCGUGAAUGCCUCUGACAUCCUGACAUGCCAGGGAGUGUAUGAAAAUCUGCCACAGCUACCGUUUGUGCCAGGCUUCGAGUUCUCUGGUGAAGUUACUGAGGUGGGCUCCCAGGUGACGUCCGUGCAGAAGGGCGGGCGCGUGAUCGGUCUGCAGAGCACCGGCAGUGGCGGCUUCGCCGAGGAGAUCGUCUCCCACGUCGCGGACCUGUUCCCGGUGGACAACUCGCUGGAGUUCGAGGCGGGCGCCUCACUGGCGGACACGUACGCCACGGCGCUGCUAGGCCUGCAGCGGCGCGCCGCCCUCCAGAGGGGCGACACGGUCCUGGUGACGGCGGCCGCCGGCGGACUCGGCCUCGCUGCCGUCGACCUAGCCGCCAACGUCUUCAAGUGUCAGGUGAUCGCCGUCUGCGGCACGGAGGACAAAGCGUCCCUGGUGCGCGAGAAGGGCGCGUUCGCGGCGCUCGGCUACCACCGCGACCACCUGCGGCACAAGGUGCACGAGGUGGCCGGCGAGCGAGGCAUCAAGGUCAUCUUCGACGCGGUCGGUGGCGAGGUGUUCGAGGAGGCGAUCAAGUGUGUGGCGCACGAGGGCAAGGUGAUCGUGGCCGGUUUCGCGUCGCGCACAGUGCCGCACGUGGCCACGAGUGCUCUGCUGCCGCGCUCGUUCGCCCUCAUCGGCCUCUCGCUGCGGCACUACCGGGAGGCCGACAACGCCGUCUUCAGGCAGGCCGUGCUGGACGUGAUCGAGCUGCACGAGGCCGGCCUGAUCGCGCCCCACGUGUCCGCCCAGUUCCCGCUGGAUGAGGUCAACCAGGCGCUGAGCUUCAUCUCCGAACGGAAGUCGACUGGCAAGGUUCUGCUCGACAUCCGGUGACCUGACCUCGGGUCGUCUGGGGUCGCCGAGGUCGGCCAGCGUGCUCGCCGUGCCGUGGGUGUGAUGUAGCGGGCCGUCUGGACGCGGCUCAUGCUGUCUCGCGUUCAACGGUAAUGGAUGCGCUUUUUGACUUCGCGGCUGCGAGGAUUUCGCUCUUAUUCACUGCGUGGCUCGCAGCCUCUGGAUGUCGUCCUUGGCGUGGCCACGAGGCCGUUUCGUCAUGUUGCCGGCGGCUUCUUCUGGGCUUCAGGCCGGCUGCAGUACUGCUGCCGCGUCAGCUUCAAACUCCCCGUGUAGGUGGCUUGCCUAUGUGCGUUGGCAUACAGGCCGAACGUCACCAAUACGAGUGGUAUUGAUGUCCGCUAAUGCAUCACGUGUAGACAGACACUGGUAUUGUCUGUUGAUUGACGCGAUUGGCCGUUUCACACCGGUCUCGGUGCAUAUGCGAAUCCAGAAUAUACAUAUUAUUUGUG